CACUGCUCAACAUGACCUAUUAAAGAUGUCAUAUUUUUAUUUGUUAAUUUUAUUCAGUUAAAAGUGGUCUUGUGUUUGCAACGUAAUAAUUAUAAUGGCUCCUGUGCUAUCGACGAUAACUUCACAAGUAGCAAUUGGCGUCGGAACUAUUGCUAUAACUAUAAUUAGUGGUCUAAUAUUAAAAAAGAUGCUUCGAGAAAAAGUCCCUCAAGAAUGGCAACAGAUUGGCACCAUUACAAAGUUGUACAUCUACCCACUCAAAAGUGCUAAAGGCAUCGAAUAUGAUACUCUGGUGGUUACUGAGAAAGGGGUCACAGAGCCGAAGAAAAAUGACAGCUCUUUGACCCUAAGGGAUAGAUCUUUUGUGAUGUACAAGCCAGAUGUCAAGGAAAUCAGAACGGCCAGGCAGCUACCAAAAGCCUUUCUCAUUGAGAUUAGAGCAGCGGAGAGGGGGGUGAUUCUGAGUGCUCCUAAUCAGAAUGAUAUUUACAUUAGCAUACCUGAAGUGCAAAAUAAUGUUGCAGUUACAUUUGGCAAAGAAGUGUUUAUUUGUACAGAUUGUGGAGACGCUGUCGCCAAAUGGUUAAGUAAUUACUUACUGGGAGAAGAUAAAGGAUUAAGGUUGGGCUAUGGCAAUGGUAGUGUAAAGAGAGACAUCCGUAGCAGUAAUCAAAAAUUGGCUGAUUAUUACACCAAUAUGGAUAAUAAAAUGGCGGGAAUUUUCAGCGAUCUAGCAGCUUUGCAUGUUGUAAAUCAAGCGACCAUAGAUGACUUAAACCACCAUUUACCCGAUGACCAACAAAUUACUUUCAACAAUUUUCGGCCGAAUAUACUAAUUGAAGGUCCUGAAAAGUUUGCUGAAGACGACUGGUUAUAUGUAAAAUUUGGCGAAGUUAUUACCAAAGUGGGUUUGGAGUGUUUGAGAUGUAUAGAGACCACUAUAUCUUCCGAUGGAGUGAUGAACAAAGAAAGACAGCCGCUGAAGAUGUUAGAACAAUAUAGAAGAACAAAAGGUCCGUUUAGUAAUGGAGUUAUGGGUGCCUAUCUAAGAGUAUUAAAAACUGGAGUAAUCCAUAAGGGAGAUCCCGUUUAUAUACCAAAAACUUUGUAAAUACUUUUUCGAAAGAACAUGUAUAUUGUAAUUAUAAUUUUACGAAUAAUAAAUAGGUACUCAUCGGUUUUA